UUUCAAAUUAUAUUUUAUUGAAGUGCAUUUAUCCAAAUUUUCCCUAGUAUUAAUUUAGUUGUGGUCAAUACUCAAUAGGAUAUUACAGUAUAUGUAAGGACGAUAGUGAAGUAACUCCAAAAAAAUACUCCCUCCAGAUUUGAAUAUAUGAUGUUUAAGGUUGUGCACACAUAUUAAGAGAAAUUAAAUACUUACUUUUAUCAAAUACUUUUGGGUUUUGCUUUUAGUUAGUUUAAAGAUUUAUUUGAAUCCCAAUAAAAUUCAACCACUUAUAUUUUUUACAUUUUGAUUUAUAUUUUAUUUUAAAAACAAAAUGCAUUAAUGAAAAGUAGAACAUUAUGGGGAUGAUUGGUUGGGGCUGUAGAUGCUCUGGACAGCCAAAAUUUAGUCUACAGCUAUAUAUCUCAACCAAUCGAGCUUUGCUUUCCUUAAAAAGCUCACAGCAAAAUAAUCUCUGCAAAAUCAAAAUAUGGCUGUAGAGAGCUUUAUUUCCAGAGCAAAAAAAUAGUGCUUUAGAAAUCUACAGCAAGGAAAGCUACAGCAAAUAAAUCUACAGAUUAAAUUCUACAGCAAAAAAUAUAAAGCUACAGCACUUACCAAUCAUCCCCUAUACAUUUGUAUACAAGGGAAAAAACUAAAACAUCAUAUAUUCAAAUCGGGAGGGAGUAGUAAAGAGCAUUCAGUACUCUCUCUCUCUCUCUCAUAAAAACACAGCCAAUGACCUUCUCGUGGUCUUCUGUGCCAUAAAAAUCAUUAUAUACAUUCAAACACCAAUCUGGCGCCACACACACAUACUCUCUUCCUCUCUCUCCUUGUAUGAGUGGUGAGAUGGUUAUCCCUAUAAGGUGCAGCAUCGAACCAUCUGCAACAUUUUUACUCGUUUUCUUUUUGUGUGUUUUCCAGCAAGUGUCUCUUCUUCACUCUCCCCAACGACCCUCUCUUCCAUUCAUAACUCUUUCUCUCUCCGGGCAAAAUGGAUAACUUCUUGCCCUUUUCCUCUUCUAACGCAAACUUUGUCCAAGAACUCUCAAUGGAUCUUAACAACAAUCGCUCACGCUUAUCAACGUUCCCUACUUAUGAUCAUCAUCAUCAGGCGCAGCCUCACUCGUUGCAACCCUACUCAUAUGUUGCAUGUCCUGUGGAUCAGACGGCGGCUAUGAAUCCUCAGAUCCCGGUUACACAAACCGGAAGUGAGUUCGGUUCUCUGGUUUGUAAUCCCGGUUUCGGACAAGCAAGAGGUGGAUUUCUUGAUCCACACACGGCUAAGAUGGCCAGGAUCAACAGAAAGAAAGCGAUGAUAAGAUCAAGAAACAAUUCUAGCCCUAACUCUAGUUCGAAUGAGCUGGUUGGUUCAAGGAGACAAGUGGUUCUUACCAUGAAAAAUAAUGCCGAGAUAGCAGCAAGGAAAGAUCUCUAUCGAUAUCCCUCAUUCGAUAACAAGAAGCUUAGGGUUUUGUUGGUGAAACACUUGAAGAACAGCGAUGUUGGAUCACUUGGGAGGAUCGUUCUACCAAAGAGAGAAGCUGAAGGGAAUCUUCCGGAGCUAUCUACUAAAGAAGGAAUGAUAGUAGACAUGAGAGAUGCGGACUCUAUGCAGAAUUGGUCUUUCAAAUACAAGUUCUGGUCCAAUAACAAGAGCAGAAUGUAUGUCCUUGAAAACACAGGACAAUUUGUGACUGAAAAAAGAGUUGAGAUUGGAGAUUUUUUAACAAUCUACGAGGACGAAAGCAAGAAUCUCUACUUCUCCAUAAGAAAGCACGCAGACAAACCAAAUGAAGGAAGAGAAGAUGAGUCGAUGGAAGCCAACGACAUGAACUUCUACGAAGAUAUUGCGUUUGAUUUCAUACCAAAAGAUGAAGACGAAGAUUCUAUUGCAAUGCUCAUCGGAAAUCUAAAUGAUCACUAUCCCAACCCAAACAAUCGUAUGGACCUCCCAAUCGAUCUUCAUCAGCAUCAUCAAGCCACCUCAUUGCCACCUGCGGAUUACAUGACCAAUCCUCAGUAUGGUGGUUCCUCCAAUGAUCUCAUGAGCUUUAACGACUUCGUAUGGUGAUGCGAUUGAAGUUGAUAUAGCUAUAUAGAAGUGGUAUAAAAAAUUUAAAAAGAAAAGAUUAUCGCUCAUCAUAUUCAUAUCUAUCUAUUGAUAAAGUAUUUUUGUCAAUCUAUUAUUUAUGAAAAAUAAUAUUAGUUACAUAUAUAAGUUUCAUUUGGGUUUUAUAAAGCAUAAGAGAUAAUAGACGAAAAUAUAAUUCAGGAAUUAAAAAAAAAACAAUAUUUGGGUUCAUCCCUAAGAUGAAUGGUUAAAUUUACCUCACUUUUUAUAAUCAACCAAAGUGCCAUGUAAAAUUAAUUAAAAAGACAAUAAUUUUUUAAAAAAAAAUGGCUGAAAAAAUCAGCACUGACAUUAACACCGUCUACAAAACCCGAAAUCUAAAAUCUAAACCUUAAACCUUAAAUCUUAAACUCUAAUUCCUAAACCUAAAAAAACUUUAAACCAUAAACCCUAAAUACUAAAUACUAAACUCUAAACCCAAAAUCUUGAACUCUAAACCCAAAGCUCUAAACCAUAAAUCCUAAACCAUCAAUCCUAAACCUUAAACUCUAAACCAUAAAUCCUAAACCCUAAACCCAAAACUCUAAACUAUAAAUUCGAACCCUGAUCAAGUGAUGGAUUUAGGGUUUAAUUUAGAGUUGUGUUUUUUGGGUUUAGGGUUUAGGAUUUAGGAUUUAGGGUUAGGUUUUUGGGUUUAGGGUUUAAGAUUUUGGGUUUAGAGUUUAGGGUUAAGAGUUUUGGAUUUAGAGUUUAGGAUUUAGAGUUUUGGGUUUAGGAUUUGGGGUUUAAAGUUUAGGUUUUAGGUUUAGGGUUUAGAUUUUUGAUUUUUAAAGUUUCGGGUUUUGCAGACGGCUUUAACGUUGGUGUUAUUUUUCUCAGCCACUUUUUUUUUUAAUUAAUCGUGCAUGACAAUUUGGUUGGUUAGGUGAAUUUAACUAUUCACUAGGCCUGGGCAUUCGGGUCCUCGGGUCGGGUUCGGGUCGGGUCGUCUCGGGUCCGGGUCCUUCAGGUCUUAGAGUUUAGGACCCGAUAGGAUAAUUUGAAAAUUUCGGUUUCGGAUCGGUUCGGGUAAAGGAUAUAGGAACCGGUAAUACCCAAGUAUUUUCGGGUCAUACAACUUUUCGGGUCGGUUCUCGGGUUUUCGGGUCUUUUAAGGAUUUUCGGGUAUUUUUAAUGGUUUACGGGUCGGUUUUCUUCAUUCUCGGUUUGGGUUUGUAAUAUUCGGGUCCAUAAUACCCUAUAUACCUGAGCUUUACCCUAUAUUUCUGUAAAAACCUGAAAUGAAUUGUUAUGUAAAAAAGUUUAAAACGAGCAAUAAGAUUAAUGAUUCUAAUCUUUCUAUGACAAUUUUCAAACUUCAUACUUCAUUAAAAACAACAAAUUCAUAACAAUACCACAACUUAGUAGCAGAAUGACAAUAUAAAGUUUUACCAUAAGAAGUUUUAAACAUGAUGAGUGCAAAUUCAAAAACAAAAACAACAACAACAAACCAACAACAUUCAAUAGUCUCAGUCUCGAACUUUUGACUCUUCUACCAGCAACAUUCAACCUUGAAACACAGGUUCAAAUUCUGUAACAAAAAGAUCAAUGCAACAAGUCAAUACCAAAAUACAAAACAUAAUGCCAUACGAAUUAAAGAGUUUAAAAACCAGAAUUAUACCUCUCAUAAGAUCAUCUUGCUCCUCUAUCAGCUUAAGCAUUUGUUCCUUUCCUUUGAUUCCUUUUUCUUUGAGUCUAAUCUCGCAUUUGAGCCACUGCUCCGUGCACAUUAGUACUUCAAUCAUAAAAUGCGUCAAACAGCUUCUGCUUGGGUCUAAAAUUCGUCCACUGGUGCUGAAGGCAGAUUCAGAUGCAACUGAACUCACUUGCAUUGCAAGUACAUCCUUAGCUAACGUUGACAGAACCGGAUACUUUCCACUAUUAACCCUCCAGAAAGAGAGUACAUCAUACUCUGCAACAAUGACAAGCUUAUUCAUCUUCUCAGGAUUUGUUCCAAAUGGAUUCCAAUACUUGCCAAGCUUCACUAACAUGUUUGCUGCCUUAGACCUUAAAAUCUCAUCAGGACCAGGAGCAGUGCUUAAAGCACUAAUGUUCCUUGUUACUGUGACGAUCGCAUGAUACAACUUAUGCGCAGUAACAUGAAUUGUUGCAGACAGAGUCAAAGUAGCCUGGUAGAAAAUAAUUAAGAACUGGACUAACCUAUCAACAGCUUCCCAAUCCUCUUUACUUGGUGGUCCAACUUGCUUUUGUCCAUCCACAAUCUCAUUGAAGUAGUCGUUGUAGGGCUUGUCCUCAGCUUCCAUCUUCUCAAAAGCCACCUUGAACUUUAAUGCUUGCUCUAGCAUCAAAUUGGUCGCAUUCCACCUAGUUUUCACAUCCAAAGGUAAGCUUCCUCUCUGAAGUCUUCCUGACUCUACAUGUCGCUCAAAAGAAAUCUGCCUCUGAGUUGAAGACCUCACAAAAUAAAUGGCAUUACGAAUGGCAUUGACACUGCUCUCUAUCUCCAGCAAACCCUCUUUAACAAUCAGAUUGAGAAUGUGAGUAGCACACCUAAAAUGCAGAAACUUUCCAUCUAGAACCAAUGCAUCAGCGCCAUUUUUCUCAAUAAAAGCUUCAGAAAACUUUCUCAAUGCAGAAGUAUUAGCUGUGGCAUUAUCUACAGUUAUGCCAUACACCCUUUUGAUAUCCCAUUCCUCUAAGCAAUCAAGAAGUACCUUAUAAUCCAGAAAAAAAAAACAAGAAUCAAAAUCGGGUUACAUAACAACAACAUGGACGUUAUCAACUUAAUAAAAAACAGAAACAAGCGAUAAAUUCAGUUUAAAAAAUUCAGUUAAAUCCAAUGAGCAAGAGAUAAAUUCAGUUAAAAAACUCAGUUAAAUCCAUUGAGCAAGAGAUAAAUUCAGCUAAAACAAUUAAAUCCAAUGAGCAAGAGAUAGAUUCAGCUAAAAAAAAUUAUAUCCAAGAAGUACCUUAGAUAUUGUUGAUCCUUUGUGAUCAUACACAUUCUUGAAUCCAAUGAUGAGUUUCCUCAAAUGCCACGAGCUGUCUACAAAAUGUGCCGUAAUGACCAUGUAGCUGGCACCGGUAUGAGGAGCAUUCCAAAUAUCAGUCGUCAGUGACAGCCGUUGAUUGUUCUCCUUCAGAAUCUUCUUCAUUGCCUCUUUCUUUUGCACAAAGGUCUCAACAAUAUCUCGGGUUGCUGUUCUUCUAGAAUGAGGCACGUACAACUUAGUCUUGUUGCAGAAGUUCCUCCAAGCUACGCUCUCCACCCAAGAUAAAGGCAACUCUCCCACAACCAUCAUCUCAUUUGUCUCGUGUCUGAAGACAGAUUCAGAUACUCUGCACACUCUGACGUUACCAUCUUCUUCGACAUCUAAAGCAUCUUGAGUAUUAUCUUUGUUCACAGCUAACCAUGCUUGGUAAGCCUUGCACGCAAGAUUCACAUGUUUCUUCAAGCUUGUUGUUCCUGAUCUUGUUGCACAUGCCAUCUCUUUCCCACAAUAGUUGCAGAUGGCUCUAUCAUUGUCUUCUCUCUUUCUAGUAAAGUGUUCCCAAACCUUUGACGUCCUCUUCUUUUCUGACCUUGAGCCACUGCAGUUUUCGGUUUUCUUUCGUUUUCCUUUGUUACGAGAGAGUGGAGUCUCAAUUUCAUCUUCUGAUAUAUCUACUGGUGGAUCAUCACCACAAGAUGCCAUCUGCAUUAUAGACAAAACAAAAAUCAAACUCGGAUUAUGUAACAACAACAACGACAUGUUCUAAUAAUAAACAGAAGUUACAGAACACAAGACUACAAGAGUCAAGAGAAAUAAACAUUGAGUUUAAUCAAACAUUGAGGUUUAAUCAAACAUUGAAGAUCAAGAUCAGAGGAA